AUGGUCUUCAAUUUUAUCCACCUGCUGGUGCUUCUGUGUCUCUUCUCCACAGCUGCUCUGGCUAGUAUCAUCGAUUCUAAGCCGCUGUCACCCUCUGCGAACGUUCAUGUUGAUAUUGUGAACUCCAUGGCCGCUUCGUUACAAGCUCAUGCCAGGCAGUUUCAUUCUUCUUGGCGCGAUUACUGUGUCGUCUAUCUCAUGGUCAUCGUCAAUGGUCUUUUGAUACUUGCCUGUUGUGGUCUUUUCGUCUUUUGCUCUUAUCGUCGUCUUCUUCUUCAAUUACAAACACAAUCACCACCGCGUGUUAAUCGUACAUAA